CGCUGGUGCCAACACAGCAGCAUCUGUACUGUCACUUUGAGCUAAACCCUCUUAAAUCUCACAUUCUAGGGCUCGUGUCUAGUCAUUUACAUUUCCACAACAAUGUCGGCCGAUGCGUUGCUGCACGUGGCCAACUUCAGCACUCUGUUCGUGUGCAUGGUGCUCAAGUUCCCGCAGAUCUUUGUGCUGAUGAGGGCGAAAUCCACGGCUGGAGUCAGCCUCCACAGCCUGCUGCUGGAGCUGCUGGGGUUCAUCGUUUUUAUGACGUACCAGAUGUACUACGACUACCCACCUCCCACAUACCUGGAAUAUCCCAUCCUCAUUGCUCAAGACGCCUUUCUUCUGCUCCUGAUCCUCCACUACAACGGCAGCCUGCGGCAGAGCCUCUUCUACAUCCUUCUGUUCGUCGGGGGCUGGAGGCUCCUCACUGUGGAGAAGUGGAUCAUAGACCUGGCCAUGAGCCUGUGCACGUUCAUCAGCGCCGCCAGUAAGUUUGUCCAGCUGCAGUGCCUGUGGAGGUCUAAGGACGCUGGGCAGGUGAGCGCCCUAUCCUGGGGGAUGGCUACCUACACAUGUAUGGCGCGGAUCUACACCACCACGGUGACAACUGGAGACAUGCAGGUUCUGGUGCGGUUCGUAGUCAUGACUUUGCUGAACAUGUGGGUGCUGCUCACCGUGCUCUACUACCAGAGGCAAGGCAGCAGGACCAAGAAAGAGGACUAAACUUUGAGAGCCGGACCCUGAGACCGGACCGUCCCGUAAACCUGCAGCUCACUCCCAGCAGAGUGAAGACUGGCUUACUGCGGACACAGCCGGGACUGAAACACAGAACUGACGAGUAACAACGGUUAUGCAAGCAGCUUUUGUAAUAUUGACCCAUAAAAAUGUGCUUUUUUAUAUUGUUCUUACCUCAGUAUUAAACCCACAUUUUUUUUUUUUUUAUAUAAAUAACGAAUAAUAAAUCUGCCACGACGUGUAGUGAGAGCAUCAAUGCAUUUUUACCCUGUAUGUGACACAAUGUAGCGUUCCUCCUACUCGGGAGGCAAAAUACUGUAUUUUGAAAAAGUCCUUUUCUGAACUAUUUGAAUAAAUCAAACAUUCUACCUUCUUACAUUGUGUUAAUUUCAGUCUCAUGCAUAAAAAAAAAAAAAAAAAAAACCUCUUUAUGCGUCUUUAACACAAUUACAGUUUCCAAGAUGUUUCUUUUCAAGGCAGAAAAAUAAUCCCAAACCGAAAGGCACAUCCACGUCUUUAUUGUUGAAGUAGUUAUUAUUAUUAUUAUAAUAGAGCCGUUUGGUAGCAAACAUGCAAUCUGGAUGUAGAGCCCUUUAAAUACAAAGUGGACAAGGCUGUAUAAAUAAUAUAGUGUGCACUGUAUGGCAUGUAAAAUAUAUACUGUGUAUAUUUAUAUGUAUAAAACAUGCUUCUUGGUUAAAGGAGAGCACUCGGUACAGGCACGCACACACACACACACACACAUACACACACACACACACACACACACACACACACACACACACACAGUUACUCUCCACCUGCUAUAUAAGCCACAUACACAACAAUGUGCCCAAACUCAAGAGUUUGGUUACUUUUUAAUACAAAAAUAUCAGGACAAACACUUUUAGAAAAACUUUCAACGGAAUAGUGCUGCUCAGUAUUUGGACUCAUGGGAAAUGAUUGCAUACCUUCAUUGUUUCCUGCUUCUUAUUGGUUCAUUCCCCCUCGUUAUCAUUGCCCGGAAUGACAAAAAAAAAAAAAAAAAAUACUAACAGGUGGAGGCCUGUGGGUGACAGCUCUUAAGUGUGAGGCCUGAAAAGGCAAACACAUGCAAGUUCACUCGAGAGUAGUUUGGUGAUGAAAAGGGGGCUUCGGUCAAGUAUAUUUGGAUAUAUAUAUAUAUAGAAGUAAUACAAUGCCUGCGUGUCGUCUCUGGUAAAGCCCAGAUGUACAUUCAAACAACAACAACAAAAAAAGGAUCAGAGAAGCUUUAACGGUGCGCCCCUUGAAUUCAGUAAACAUUAACCCCUCGUAACUCGACAGUGCAGGUUUGAAACAUUACGGGCCUGUGAGGAUCUGGUGUCCAUCUAAUGCCACACGGAGCGGGAUUCUGUGCCCUAGCAACCGUUACUGCGGUUACACGGCGACGACGACGACAAACUGAUGAUUCAGAGAGCGCCCAGGUCAGAAAUCCAAAUGAGAGGCACUCGGGGGGAAUUAUCUGACGCCCCCCUGACUUUCCCUAGAAGUGGCGUCUGGUUUGCUUAAUCGCCUCGUUCAGGUUUUCUGGCGCCUGAAAGCAGAAUCGCGUGAAGCAAGGAGCUACAAUCAAUACUUAAAAAAAAAAAAAAA